AUGGCGCAUUUCUCUAUGAUUAAUUCAGUCCCAGAACACGAAGGAGAGCAGGUUGGCAUGGCAACUGUUGUAAUGAUAUUUAAUCGCAUUAUUCUUGAAGUAACAUCUAAGGUGUCCUCUCAUUCGUAUUUGUAUUAUAGAGACUUUUAGAUUUAAACUUCGGCUUACGCAUUGUUUUCGUAAUAAUGGUCGCGCUACGAUUUUUCUGGUCAACGACAGACAAUUUGGGGGAGGAGUUGACCAUCCUGAUUUUGAAAAUGAAUUUUCCCGAAUCGUUACUUGUUUCUCUUAAGUAGUAAUGUUAAAAAGUAUUUUUUUGCUUUCACAUGGGAAGAAAGUGCCGCGUCCCGGCAUUUCGAGUCAGGGACAGGUCGGGUCGCGACAGAUCGGGUAGGGUCAACAUUCCGGUAGGGUUCGGAAAAUUCGGGUGUAUUCACCACGCGGGUAUAUUCUUGGGGUGAUAUUCUUCAUUUUCCCAAGUACAACGAACAAAACAAGUACUUUAACAAUGAAAAAUUUUAACAAUCCAAGAGUUCGCAGUCAGAUUUGGAAUUUUUUCCUUGUCAUCUUCCGACUCCGGCAACUGGCCAACUAGUUUUCGACCUGAAAACCAAGUUUUGAAAGGCAAAAAACGAGAAAACCUGAUGAAUUCUUUGCUGGUUACUUCGCUUUACCAUUUACCCUGUCUUGAUUUUUCUUUUCUCAUGUUCAGAGGCUGGCGGAGAAGUCGGCAGAGGGAUUUUUAACCCUUUCCGGACGAGUCGGCACGUAUAUAUUAAAAUGAAAGAGGGUACCCUACUGAGUAACGGCAUAAUAGUGGUUCAGCCCAUCGAAGCGUUAUUUGGGACUUAUGACAAAAAAUGUCCUAAAAAGUACCCCUACUUGACAUAUCACUUUUAAAAUUUUUGCGACAAGCUGUAAAUCGGAAACUACCCCUAAAUUAAAGUCGAGGAGUCCUAGUAUUGUUACAUCCAAGAACUGUCCAAAUCGGAGCACCAUAGGAUUUGUUAUCGAUUUUUGGAAAUUGAAUUUUUAAUUUUGGUCAAUUUUGGACCUAAAAUCAAGUAUAUCUUCCGCCGGUAUCAACCAUUUCGGUCCAAAUGUGGUUUUUCCGAAUCUAUUGUGAUGCUACCUUCUUACUAGAAUAUUUCCAGAAAAAACCUAUGAGGCAUAUUUCUGUAAAACGCGGAAAUGUUGAAAACGUAAAGGUUUGAUCGUAUAAAAUGUCGCCGCGAGCCGCGAAGGGACGGGCGCAGCUCGAAACGAAAAAAUAAUAAUUUUUUCUUCGAGAAAUAUUAUUUUGGUGUCGAAAAGCUGAUUUCAACACGAAACACAGGCAGAAAUAGCACGCAAACAUUACCUAAAUGUCAUUUUUAUAUUUUUACUCUGUUUUCAGGCAAUUUCAAUCGAGUUUAAUUUGGAUUGAGUACGGAAAGGUCCGCCGUGCGGAAAGGUCCGCUGGACGGAAAGGUCCGCUGUGCGGAAUGGUCCGCUGCGGAAUGGUCCGCUAAAAAAGGAAAAAGGGGGGGGAGGUUUUCGAUGGCGCGGGUUUCAAAAAUCGUAUCCAUUUUUUCUGAAUUUUACAAUUUUGCUUAGGCAGUAGUGUUAAUUAGUAAUUUUUUAAAAAUUGUUUUGAAUAAUGGAUUUAGGGGUUUUCGAGGGUGCUGAUCUCAAAAAUCGUAUCCAUUUUUUCUGAAUUUUACAAUUUUGCAAGACGUAAGUUAUAUUCUACUUGGUGUUUUCAUUUUUAGGUGUGACUGGUCUCGAAUUUAUCGAUAAAGGAGCUGAAGUUCUGUCUCUCGAGCUGAUGGAUCGUUAAAUAAGUGGAACUGUGCGGUUGGAAAGUCCGUUGGGCAGAUUGUUCACGAAUAUUCAAAGCUGAGAAGUCUAAGUUGACAUGAAAAGGAUAAAGUCCGGCUGAUAACUUCCAAUAAAGGCCAGAUCACACUAGUAUCCGCUGAAUUCGAGGAGGUUGUAAGUCAAUGCUUUUUAUUUUGUUCAGGCAUCAAAAAUUUGCUUUAUAUAGUAAUUUAUCUUAUUUUAGGUAUCAUUUGACCAAGAUCAAGGAAUUACUGCGGCUGCUGUCUUUAAUGGCUCGACAUUGACCAUCGAGAUCAAAGUAAGUUUUUUUAAAUGUUUUAUCUUGCUUUAGGGAAGUUCUAUCGAUCGACAAAUGGACGUAGAGUUCACUAAAUUCAAAUCUAUUGCGAAGGCCUGCUGCUUUCUUUUGGUAAGUGACGUGGCAAUUCCUUUUAUUUAUUAUGACAUAUAAUUUAUAUUACACUUGCUACAAACCUAUCAAUUUCAGCUAAGGUUCAGUCAUUCUUUGCAAGAGGGAGCCGCAAACUCUAAAGCCAGUCUGCCUUUUUACAGAGGCCUAUCUGCAACCCGUUUAUGA